AUGGGACGUGUUGCAGGCAUCAAAUUCAAAUCCUGUUUCUGGUUCAGUCCUGGUCCUUUCAGUCCUGGUUCUGGUUCAGUCCUGGUCCUUUCUGUCCUGGUUCUGGUCCUGAUGUGGUCCUUUCUGUCCAGCAGGGGGCAGCAGAGCAUCAGCGGAGGCGACGAGGUUGAGGAGAACCGAGGAGGAGACAGGAGGAGGCGACCCAAACUGAAGAUCCCAAGAAAGAUCUGGAAGAACCGCAAACAGAAGAACCACAAUGCAGAGGAGGAGCAGCAGGAGGAGCAGCAGGAGGAGCAGCAGGAGGAGGAGCAGCAGGAGGAGCAGCUGGAGGAGAUCAGCAGGAAGCUCAUCAUCAGGGAGGAGCAGCUGUUCAGUCAGGACUCUCCUGAGGAGGAGCAGGACCAGCUGCAGAGGGAGCUGGAGGCUCUGCGGCUGCAGAUACUGAUGACUGUCCACAACACCUUCACCUCCUCCUCCUCCUCCUCGGGGGAGGUGUGGGCCCUGCGGAGCGCCGUGGCCUCCAUCCAGCAGCAGGAGGAGCAGGACCGGCGGUGGGCGGGUGCUGGUGAGGGUCCAGUCCCAGCGUGGAGACCUCAGAAGUGUCUCAGCAGUCACAACGAGCUGCUGAGUAAGAUGGUGGAGUCCAGACUGAAGGAGGCUGCAGAGGAGGAGGCAGGAGGAGCAGACCUGCUCUCCUCACCUGUGAAGAAGGAGGUGUGUCGUUUGGGGAAGCGUGUGAAGGAGGACCUGCUGACGGUGGUGAGGAGGGUGAUGGACUGUUACCCUCCUCACAUGGACAUCCUGAACAUCUACGCCGGACUCUACCAGCAGAGAUUCUCCACUCGGCUGACUCAGCUCGCUGCGUCGGGCCUCCAGACGGACGACUGCACCUACCUGCUGUUCUGGGUCAACCACUGUUACCCACUUGAAAUAUUAAAGCAUGAAGAACUGGAUGGGAAGAUAAAGACGGCCUGUCUGGGUUCUCUGCUGCUGCAGGAGAACCUGACCCAGCUGGAGGAACAGUACCUGACCCACACUGAGGACAAAGUGAAGUCGUGUCUCAGCACAGCGCUGAAGAAAGAAGAGGAGAGCUGGCUGAGCGGGAAGACACCUGAGCUCUUAGACCACUACUACUUCAGUCCACUGGCUGUCGACGUCAUACAGGUUAUAGACGGCUUCCUGGCUAAGUUCAGGUGUGUGAUUGGAGAGCAGAGCAAAGCUGAGCGAAUCACAGCUCACCUGGAGAACUUCUUCAGCAGCUACAAGACGUCUAUGGAGGACUUUGUGAAGGGUAACCACGGUAACGUCCGUUCGGUGAUGAAGGCUCACCUGGCCUGUGAGGAGCAGUUCAGGGAUUACAUCACAGGAACAGGAAGUGUGUCGGAGCCACAGAGAUGCCGCUGUCUGGACACUCUGUCUGCCCUGAAGGAUUGUGGGUACAGGUGUCUCACCUGUCCCAGCCAGCUGAAGGUGUGUUGCAGUCAGCUGUGGACGUCUGGUUGGUUGGACGGGUCACUUCCUGUCGUUGACUCUCUGCUCGACUCUCUGAACCAACAGCUGAGUGACCUCACUGACCUCAAACCAGCCUGCAGACAGGCCGUGCUGUCUGUCCUCCAUCAGGAUGUGAGUCUUCAGUAUGUGAAGAGGAUGAUGAAGACCAGGAAGAAGAGCAGAGAGCAGCAGCUGGAUGGAGCUCAGCGGAUGAUUGAAGACGCUCAAAAGAUCAACGAAUUCUUCACUGAGGGGGUGAGACACGACUCUUCUUGGCUCUGUUCGAUGUUCUGCAACAUCGCUGAAAUUCUGCGUCUACAAGAUCCUGGAAGUGUCCAACUGGAGAUGGUCUGUCUGAGCAGGACGUUCCCCGACCUCAGUGACGCUCACGUGUCGGCUCUCCUCUCUCUGAAAACCGGCCUAUCAGCUGCUGACGUUCGCUCCAUCAGGCGCAGCGUGGAGGAGAACCGCCCCCUCCACGCCUCCUCCAAUCACAGCCCGCCGUUCUUCUCCAUGGUCAAAGUCAAAUGGAUCAAUAACAAGAUCAAUCAGAUCGGGCUGAAGACCUGA